AUGACCCAUGAAGCCAUUGAUUCUGGUAAACUGUUUGCAACUUCUGACGGCUGGAGGUACCAGGUGACGCUCAAUCUCACGGGGACAAUGUUUCUCAUGGGAUCGUUCAAUGUCUCUCUUUGUGGAAAGAUGGAGUGUUCCCCUCAGUAUGUCCUCCACAGUGGGUUCAUUCACUCUGGGAGAACUUACUCCUCAUUCGUUGAUGUGGAUAUGGACAUUUACCCGGUCAUCAAGGUAGAAUUUACCUGGCAGAGAGAUAUCAUUGAUGUCAUCUCCCCAACACUGGGGGUCACAGCAAUGGCGGUUCAAUAUGGACCCAGUGGGACAAUGUUUCACUUUUGUGGCAAUGGCGUGACUGAAGAAGGAAACCUCCAAACCCUUGAAUCUUGUAAUGUUAACAGUAGAAUAAAAUCCUGA